AUGUCCGCAGCAAAGACCAAGGCCCAAGGCAUCAUUGACGACAACGCUGUUGCCGUCUUCAGCAAGUCCUACUGCCCAUACUGCAGAGCUACAAAGACUCUGUUGAGCGAACUGGGCGCUAAAUAUUACACUAUAGAAUUGGAUCAAGUUGACGAUGGUUCCGCAAUCCAAGGCGCUCUCGCUGAAAUGACCGGCCAGUCGACUGUCCCAAGCGUUUGGAUCAGCAAGAAGCAUAUUGGUGGCAACUCGGAUGUGCAGGCCAAAAAGAAGGAUCUGCCAGAGCUGCUGAAAGAUGCUGGUGCCUUGUAA